AGUUCCGGGUGACCUCCUCCCCGCGCUGACAGUGUCCUGGUUGUCCACGCUGGUUGUUUAUGUCCUGACCUGCACCUCCUCCUCGUCUCCUCCCCCGGUGCCUGACUCCUGUUCUCCCCGCUUUCUCACUCCUCUCCACGGACUCUCUCUCCCCUCGCUGCUAUGGCUCAUUGACGGCGUGCAGCGGCUACUUGUGCAGCGGCAUCAACCCGGCAGUGCAGCGGCGAAUUGCAUUGGCCUUUUCUGGCAAAAUGGCGUCUCUUUCGGAAACCACCCUCAGCUUUGCUGCCGUCGACAGCAGUACCGAACCACCGGACUCUCCUUUGUUUUUAAUCACCCAUUCACGUUUAACACUGACCAGCAGCAGCCAUGACACUCUCGCAGUUGGCCUUGGAGGACGUGGGGGCCCUGUACUUAGAACCCUCGUUUCUGGCGGCUGACCACAUGGGGCCUCUUCUGGACCAGGAUGAAGAAGAAGCUCUUUCUCCCUCCUCUUCUCUAGAGGGGAAGGCUCCAGCCUCGCCCCCCCUCUCUUUCUCCUCCUACGCAUCCUCCCUGUCUCCCUAUCAGACAUUGUCGUCCUCUCCACCCCCCUCCCCUCCUCCCUCCUCAUUCCUGGGAACCAAGGCCGGAGUAGACUCCCUCCCCUGGCUGAGUGCCGGCGGCCUGCUCGACACCCACAUCAGCGCAGACUGUGGCAAAGAUGACUCCUUUGAAGGCAUGGAAUGGAUGACCGAGAAAAUCGACCUGAGUGAUUUUGACCUGGAUUCCCUCAUUGGCGCCUGCUCACCUGAUGAUUCUCCCAGUUCUCCUGAGGAUCUUCUGGCCUCUCUUGACUCCCAGAUGGAUCUGGAGCUCCAGUCCUUCGACUCAGCCGUCCCUACCUCUCCUGAGAGCCUGGUGCUUGGUCUGUCGUUGCCCGAUAUCCCUGCCCUCCCUCUGGAGCUCCCGUCUCCUGUGGAAGCUGAGGCUGAGAAGAUAGAGGUGGCUCAGGUUGUUGUUUUGAAGUCUGAGCCUCCCUCUCCAGCUCCCUCGCCGCCUCCGGCCUCUCCAGCAUUCACAUUCGAGCUAAGUGAAGUUGACAUGCUGGACGAAGUAGCCACAACUGUCACCGCCGCCAUCUUCCAGGAUCCUAGUGGAAGCAUUGGGGCCACCAGCCCCAUUGUGAUCUCCCUCCCAAUCCCUGGUCCCUUAUUGUUGAUUGUUGCCAACAAAGAAGAGCCGGCCCUCGUCUCUAUCCCUGAGCCGUCCAACGACUGUGACGUUGACUCUGGAAUCGACUCCCUUGCCGGCUCACCGCCUCGUCUCCCCUCUCCUUCUCCCACCCUCUCUUCUACAGCUGGUUCCUCCAGGACAAAGCCCUACACCAAACCAGAGCCUAUCGCCGCCUCCUCCCCUUCGGCCAAGGCCGCCAAGGUCAAGUCAGUGUCCGGCGCUCCCAAGGUGGUUGAGAAGAAACUGAAGAAGAUGGAGCAGAACAAGACGGCAGCCACUCGCUACCGGCAGAAGAAGCGGGUCGAGAAUGACCUGUUGUCCAACGAGUGUGAUGAGCUGGAGAAGAGGAACCAAGAGUUGGAGGAGAAGGCGGAAUCCAUAAGCCGUGAGAUUCAGUAUCUCAAGGAUCUGAUGGAGGAAGUUCGCAAGCGCCGCAACAAGAGCCUCUCGGCUGCUAAAUGAGAGGCUGUGGUCCAGCCUCUCUGUGGCGGAGUCCUGUUUCUGCUCCAGUGCCCACGUGCUGUAACAAGCAGUAUUGUACAUCAAUAUAUUAUCUUAAGAGAUUAAAGAAAAACGGCACUUGAGAGAGGAAGUAUGAAACAUGCGGCUGAAUGAGACGUAUAGAGCCUGUGGAAGUUGAGAUGAGACUAGAGCAGGGGGCUGGGGGGGGUCGUCUGGUGAAGCAUCUGUACAUGCUCGUCUCUCAGUCCCCUGUUCGAUCCCCACACGUACUCCUGUGCCACCACCCGGCGGAGUACGUGUCUGUCUUUGUAGACUUGAUGCAAAGGCGUGAGUCCGAGCUCACAGUAGUGUUGUAGACUUGACAGAUUCCUUCACACUCCUCACACCAGUUGCCAGACCUCCAAAUUCUUACCUUCAAUAAAAUGACUCCAUGUUACCCACUCCUUUUAAAACCCAGCCUCACCCUGUUUACUGACCUUCUUCUUAACAGCUUCAAGUCCAGAAAGGGGCCUCGAGCCAAACUCUUGAUGUCAAACUAUCGACGCGUUUCUUUUUUUUUUCUUUGUGUACAUAGGUUUAUCUUCCGCUCGCUGAUCGUGGCUUUUGUUAUUUAAAGCUGGAUAAGACCUGAUCAUAUCUCAAGUAGCUCAGUCUGUUAUUGCAGGUGUUUGGUUUUGUAAAAUGCUUUGCUUAUUUUUUUUUUCUAAUAAAUAUCUCCGUACACAAGU